AUGCUCUGGGGCAGCUUCUCCGUGGUGCUGGGGCUGCUGCUCUGGAGCUCCUCCAGUGCCAGUGGUCCAUGCUGGGAGACUUCCAAGUGCCAGGAUCUCAGCAGCGAGGAUGGAGUCAUGGCGUGCGCCGCAGCGUGCCGAGCCGACCUCUCCGCUGAGGCACCUGUGUAUCCCGGGAAUGGGCACCUGCAGCCUCUCUCCGAGAACAUCCGCAAGUACGUCAUGAGCCACUUCCGCUGGAACAAGUUCGGCAGGAGGAACAGCAGCUCCGUGGGCCAGAAGAGGCAGGAGGUGGUGGCCAGAGAUGAGCCAGCACCUGCUAUACCCUUUUCCCAGCAUGAGGAAGAGCAGGGAGGCAGGCUGGAGCGGGAGGAAGGCAAACGCUCCUACUCCAUGGAGCACUUUCGCUGGGGGAAGCCGGUGGGACGCAAGAGGAGACCCAUCAAGGUCUACCCCAACGGGGUGGAGGAGGAGUCAGCUGAGAGUUACCCACUGGAGUUCAGGAGGGAGCUCAGCACCAUCACCACCUCCGAAGCACCUGAGGAGGAGGAUGAAGAGGAGGAAGACCAGGAUGAGGAGGAGGAAGAGGAGAAGAAAGCUGGUGGCUCCUACCGCAUGAGGCACUUCCGUUGGCACAUGCCCUUGAAGGACAAGCGCUACGGAGGCUUCAUGACCUCAGAGCAUGGUCAGACCCCACUAGUGACUCUCUUCAAGAAUGCCAUCGUCAAAAGCGCCUACAAGAAGGGGCAGUGA